UACAGAAGAUUCUGCAUGGACUAUUCUGGGACCAUACCAGCAACGGGCGUUCCGCCCCCAGCGCCCCCUCCCCCACCCCCUACACUCAACACCUCAAAGAUAUUGGGCUCUAGCUGGAGGACAUCAACCAAUCGUGACAACAUCAGGAGCGUUCAAACCGCCAAAUCUCCGGAAAGAUCGCUUCCAUUUGCCGGCGUUCACCCUGAGACAUUACAGCACGCAGCGCAACGUUUGCGCCCGACCGUCUACCGUGAAUCGCUUUUACCAUAUGAACGGGAACAAUUUUUGGACGGAUCGGAUCAAUUGGCUUCUGGGAGAUAUUGGCAGAAUCAGCCGAAGCAUGACACGCUGGCCCAGCAUCAAACCGGAACAACGGUACAUGCUACGCACGAUUAUCCCCACCAAUCUCCCGCGUUCGGUGUCAACUCCGGAUAUAGCCCUUCGAUGAGUCCAAGUAUACAGCAACAACAGCAAAGCAGCAAUUUUAAUAGUAAUAAUAAUAAACAAUAUCAACAAUAUUCAUAUAAACCGCAGCAGAAGCAAAAUAUGGAAAUUAAAAUACCUAUACAAUUAAUUGGGCCUUUACCUGGACAAACUAAUUUUGGACCGAAAUCAUCAUAUUCACCAACACCAUCUCCAAUAAAUUCUUUAAUAAAACAAACUUCACAGCAAACAACUUUUAAUCAUCGUCAAUCACCAUUAUUACAACAGCAACAGUCAUCUUCUUCACAACAACAAUUAAUUAAUGACCCAAAACGUUAUAUUCAUGCAUAUGCAACACAAACACCUGUAGCUACUUUAAUGACAGGACAAAAUGGUGGUGGAAUAAGAGAAAAUAAUUUUGGGAGGGAAAAUGAAUUUGUGACGAGUAAUGGAAGUGGAGGAGGUAUUCACUUGAGGAAACAAAAUGUUGAUAAUUUUGUUAAGGAAUUGCGUGAUCAAGGAUUAACUGAACGUCAACGUGUUGCCAAUCAACAACAAAAACCAGUCAAUUAUUCUUCAACUUCAGAACCUCCCCCAUCUUUACAAAAUUUUGUUUCGUAUAAACAAAAAAUUAUUAAUUCAAAUAAGGAAGAAAAUAAAGAAGAAGAUUCAGUUGAUCAAUUAAUUAAAGAAAUGGAAUGGAAAAUGCGUAGUGGUUAUGGAGCUGCUGGGGAAAGUAAGCGAAAUUUUUUAUUUUUGAAAAAUUUUUGGGAAAUUUUUUUUUGAAUUUGAGAAAUUCCUAAGAAAAUUUUUUAACGGAUUUUUAAAAUUUUUUAAAAUAUUUUAUUUUUUUAAUUUGGUGAAUUUUUAAAAUUUUUUUUUCUUUUUUCUCCUUUAUUUUUAGAAUACUUUUAAAAAAUUUAUUUUUAAAUUUUAUUUUGCUUAAAAACCUGUUUUACCUAUUUAUAUUUUGUUUACAUUUUUUCUAUUUUUUAAUAUUCCUUCUCUUAUUUUUAAAAUAAUUUAUAUAUUUAUUUUUUAUUCUUUAUUCUUUUAAAAAUUUUUUCUUUCUUUUCCAAUUUUCAUAUAAUCGAGAAAUUUUAAGUUUUGAUAAGUUGUUGUUGUGGUGUAGUUGUUUAGUGUUUG